AUGCCUCCGGCCAUCAUCGCACCGUCAGUUCUUGCGUCGGACUUUGGACAGCUCAGUGCAGAAUGCAAACGAAUGAUAAAAAAUGGGGCGGAAUGGCUUCACAUGGGCAAGCACUUUGUUCCUAAUAUCACUAUGGGCGCCCCAGUGUUAGCAUGUAUUUCCAAAGGAGUGCCAGAAAUAUUUAUGGAUUGCCAUAUGAUGGUAUCAGAGCCCGAGAAGUGGGUCGCUGACAUCGCAAAUGCAGGCGGUGCACUGUACUGUUUCCACCGUGAGGCUACUGAGGACCCCCUGUCACUCAUACGCAAGGUUCAUGACCAUGGAAUGAAAGCUGGAAUUGCAAUUUCACCGGAUACUCCUUCAUCCGCCAUCUCAGACCAAGUGGGAAAUGAGGCCGACAUGCUGCUAGUCAUGACAGUGUACCCAGGAAAGGGUGGUCAGAAAUUUAUUGAACGAUGCCUCCCAAAGGUUGAGGAACUUCGUGCUCGAUUCCCCGAAAAGGAUAUUGAGGUGGAUGGCGGUGUCGGCCCAUCCACAAUCGAUCAGUGUGCUCAUGCCGGGUCCAAUGUCAUCGUUGCUGGAACAGCCGUUUUUGGCGCCGAAGACCCGGAAAAAGUCAUCGCAACGCUUAGAGCUUCAGUCAAUGCUGCCCAAGAGAAAUUUGCCCAGGAAAGGCGCAAAUAGCCAUCCCACGCAAACCGAAGCCAACGAAGUUUAUCCGUAUAAACCUCUUCAUCACUCAUACGAGUGAUAAUCUGCAGCUCUUCUCCAGAUAGGUGCGACUCGGAGAAGAAAUAAAGGGAACAGAUCAACCAGGAUGCCCUAAGUGACUUUUUGACCUGGUUCCAGUGUGCCAUUAGUCCAGGGUAAAGACACAAGUACACCCCUUUACGGAGGGGCGUGCAAAUAUAAUGAUACAGUUCGUAGAUCGAUGUGCGAGGAACUAGUAAACCACCAUCGGCAGGGCUACAGAAAUUGGUGCAGUUCCCUGCAUUAGGAGAAAGCAUGAUCUAAAAAGCCUGGUAGCAAGAGGUGCAAGUUAUCCAAAGCGAAGCGUCCAUC